UUUGAAUUAAGAACAGAAAAUUUCUGUCGAGACAACAUUUAUACCAAACAGGCAAUUUUCUGCUUGGCUUUUGUCUAGUUACAAAAGAUACCUAGGAAUAGGAUACUAAAAUUUUCAUCGAGUUAAAUAGACAGUUUUAUUUUGUCAAAUUUACAUGUUCUUUUUCUUCUCCUUGGCCUUUGGAUGGUAAAUAAAGAACCACUUGUUAGCUGUUCAAAUCUCACUGCCACGAAUUAGUCAAACUGCACGAAAGCUGGCUUGUUUCUGAAGUUAAAACUGUUCCACAUGUCUCAUGUUGAUGUCAUGUGCUGAAGCAUCUACAUUCAUUUGGGUUGUAUGCAUACAUAUGAUUCUCAAUUGGAGAACAGUUUUGAGCAUCAUAUCCCACAUUUAACCUUGCACUUGCUUCAUCUUUCCUAUAUAAACCCACUAACUUAGAAUUGUACUCUUCAAGCAUCUUCUAGCCUUUUAGCAUUUCCAAAGAAACAGGGAUAAUUUGAGCACUGAUACUCUCUCAGACAUAUCUUCAUACACUUCAAAGGAAGAGGAAAAAAAGGGUUCAAGGCCAUGGAUAUCCCUCGUUUUGUGUUUGGCAUAUUUGGGAAUGCUUCUGCUCUGUUCCUCUUCUUGGCACCAGUGAUCACAUUCAAGAGGAUUAUAAUCAACAGAUCCACAGAGAACUUCUCGGGCAUUCCUUAUGUGAUGACACUGCUCAAUUGUCUCCUUUCAACUUGGUAUGGUCUACCUUUUGUGUCUCCAGACAACAUCCUAUUAUCAACCGUGAAUGGCACAGGAGCUGUGAUUGAAAUUGUUUAUGUUUUGAUCUUCAUCACAUUUGCACCCAAGAAGGAAAAGGCUAAAAUUCUUCGCCUCUUCACCUUUGUACUCUUGGUUUUCUCUGCUGUUAUUUUUGUGUCCCUUUUUGCCUUGCAUGGAAAUUCUAGGAAGCUCUUCUGUGGCUUCGCCGCCGCCAUAUUCUCCGCCAUCAUGUAUGGCUCGCCACUCUCAAUUAUGAGACUAGUAAUCAGAACUAAGAGUGUGGAAUUCAUGCCCUUCUUCCUAUCCCUGUUCGUGUUCCUCUGCGGCACUUCCUGGUCCAUCUUUGGUUGGCUAGGCCAUGACCCUUUUGUUGCUGUACCUAAUGGUCUUGGUUCUGUUUUGGGAACAAUGCAAUUAACAUUGUAUUUCAUAUACCGGGACAAGAAAGGUGUUCCAAGGAAGCAGGAGGCCACAACAGAGGAGGAUUCCAUGGAGACAGGACAUGCAAAACCUCAUCAAGAAAAGCAAUCCAAUGCAAAUGGAGCUCAAGCAUGAGAAUGGUUUAACUCAAAUCAAUAGUCAAAACUCAAAACUAGAGUUACUUGCCAGCUACAUAUAACGAAAGCAAGCAAGCCGAAUCAUAUAGUACAAUGUUUCUGAAUUCAUUUUCAAAAUCAAUUUUGAGGAGAAAUUUUUAUAAGAA